CUGUGGGCACCUAAUUUUACCUUUAGCUAGCUAACUAGCUGCUUUAACUGUUAGCUAAUUAACGCAUUAAGCCAAUUGUAAAACUAUUCGUAAUUACUAGCGCUCGUUGCUUGUGACUUUAAGUCAUUUUAUUCAUAUAUUUUUAUUUCUCCGGAGUUUGAACACAUGGUGCGGUUCAUGCUGAGACCCAGACGGGCUGCGGGCGCUAGGACCCCGCCGCCGCCGCCGCCGCCUCCUCCGCCUCCAUGCUGCAGCUCCGUCGCUACGAGGACCAGAAAUCUGCAGCUCGCAGAAUGAAGAGAUCAAAAUGAUCCUGCCUGUAAAAAGGGAUUAAACUUCGGGCGCCGCCUCGCUGGCAUCGGCUCGGCUGCUGGUGGAUUGGACAGAUUUGCCGCCGGGGCUCGACGAGGGAGACAUGCCGUCGCUGAGCAUCCGUCGCGACGCGUGACCGACCAUGAUGAAGACCGAACCCACAUCCAAGAGCGCCGGCUCCGGCUCCACGCUCCGGAGCCCGUCCCCGCACCGGAACGCGUACGAGGCGGGGAUGCAGGCCCUGAAGCCCGUCAAAGACAAUGCCGCCAACGGGGACCUGCAGGAGGGCCCCCGGGGCCGCAGGUACGGCUCCAACGUGCACCGCAUCAAGAACAUGUUCCAGCAGAUGCAGAGCGCACCCCCCGCGGACGCGGAGGCGGACGACUGCGCCCGGAGCGCCGACAAGGCGGUGCGCCUCUCCCUCCCGAGAGCCGGCAGCCUGAACGAAAACGUGGACCACAGCGCGCUGCUGAAGCUCGGCUCGUCCGUGUCCGAGCGCGUCAGCAAGUUCGACCCCAAGCCGGAGAACGGGCACCCGCGCGCCUCGUCGCCCAGCUACUCCAAGCUGCAGGAGACGCGCCGCAUCUUCGAGCAGCCGCAGCAGGAGAAGCUGGCCACCACGCGCGUGCUGCUGAAGAGCGACAAGGCCGCGGGCCUGCAGGACGGCCGCCUGGACGUGGUGGCCCGCUUCAACGGCAGCACCGAGUCCCUGGACAGCCUGGACACCAGCGAGGCGGUGUCGCCCACCGUCAGCCAGCUCAGCGCCGUGUUCGAGAGGGCGGCGGAGCUGCGGAACAACCUGCACCGCCUGUCGUCCACGCCGCCGCUCCCGUCCCGGGGCGUCAGCGCCAAGGUGGGCGUGCUGAACUCCAAGAUCAUCACCAAGCGGGUGUGUGGCUUUGCAACAGGCCACCAAGGGGAGGACGGAGGCCAGGAAGGGCCUCAGAGGGGCCCGAAGGGGAGGGGGCCCCCCGCGUCCGACAGCAUCAACGGGGGCCAAGGUGUCGCACAAGGCGCUCCAGCCGCCGACCUCUCCUCUGCGCCCAGUGAGGAGAAGGAGAAGAGCGUCGCGGACGCGGGCGUGGAGGCCAAAGCGGAGGCCAGAGCCCAGCAUCCGCCCCGAGGCGCGGCGACGGAGAACGGAGAGGCGGCGUCCGAGGAGGAGAGCUCGUCCCGGCGGGAGGAGGGGGCGGCGGCCGAGGGCGCCCGCGAGGACGACAGGACUCUGAGGGAGGAGCAGUCGGGCCGCGAUUCUGUGGACAUCAGCGCCUACAGCGCAGUGGGCGACGACUUUGGAGGAAGCCAGGCGGACGAGGACGAGGAGGAUGAGGAUGAGGCGGACGACCGCUACGAGCCCGAGUCCAGCUGCAUGGAGAUCGCAGGGCUGCCUGCGGAGGAGGACCCGCCCCCGUCCAGGAAGAUCCGCUUCAGCUCAGACCCCAUCAAGGUUUUCGCCACCUACCCCAACGAGGACUAUGACAGGCGCAACGAAGAUGUGGACCCCAUGGCAGCAUCUGCUGAGUAUGAGUUGGAGAAGAGGGUGGAGAGGCUGGACCUGUUCCCCGUGGAGCUAGAAAAGGACGGUGAUGGCCUGGGCAUCAGUAUCAUCGGGAUGGGGGCAGGCGCUGACAUGGGCCUGGAGAAGCUGGGCAUCUUUGUGAAGACAGUAACAGAAGGAGGAGCUGCGCACAGAGACGGCAGGAUCCAGGUGAACGAUCUGAUUGUGGAGGUGGACGGGACCAGUUUAGUGGGCGUCACCCAGAGCUUUGCCGCCUCUGUACUCAGGAACACCUCAGGAACCGUCAAGUUCGUGAUCGGGCGAGAGAAGCCGGGUGAACAGAGUGAGGUUGCCCAGCUCAUCCAGCAGACCCUGGAGCAGGAGCGCUGGCAGAGGGAGAUGAUGGAGCAGCGCUACAACCAGUACAUGGACGAACAGGAGGGUGGGGAAUAUGGCACAGACGAGGAAGAGGAUGACGACGAGGAAGUCAGUCCUCCGUAUCCUAGCGCCAUCGAGGUGUUCGACCUGGCAGAGAACGAGGACAUGUCCCCUCUGGAGACGGACCCGGAGAAACUGGCCCAUAAAUACAAAGAGCUGCAAAUAAAGCAUGCAGUGACUCAAGCUGAGAUCCAGCAGCUGAAAAGAAAGCUGCACCACACGGAGCAGGAGAAGCAGCGCUGGCGCAUGGACAAGGUCCAGCUGGAACAAACCCUACAGGAGAACAAGGAGCGAAUGGAGAAACUGGAGGGCUACUGGAUGGAGGCUCAGAGCCUGUGCCAGGCAGUGGACGAGCACCUGAAGGAGACGCAGGCUCAGUACCAGGCACUGGAGCGCAAGUACAGCAAAGCCAAGCGCCUCAUCAAGGAGUAUCAGCAGAAGGAGAUCGAGUAUCUGAAGAAGGAGACCCAGCGUUGUGCACAGGUCGGAGCCGAAGCCACUCUCCUAAAGGAGGAGUCUGGACAACUCCAAGAACAGGUGGCCGACCUGGAGUGCAGGGUGGAGGAGCUGAAAUCUGAACCUUUAUAAAAAGCCUUCUUUCCUUCUCCGUAUCUCAGACACCAGAACUGGUGUUUAAUGUUCUCGCCAUGAACUGCAGGGUCUUUUCUCGUGUCCAGCCUGAGCUUGGCUUCUGGUCGCAUACUGUAUGUGUCCUCAGGCUUCGUAUUUCUGCCACAUCACCCUUUUAACCACGUUUUUCUGUUGACGUUUUCUGGGAACACAAAGAGCAUCUUCAUCACGACAGACGGGACUGUUGAUCUGCAGAUGUGCUGUUCCUUUUUAAGUUCAAGAUCUCCGUAUUUAACCCUUUCUUUGUGGUUGUGACAGACCAGGCCGUUGCUUUUAAUUGCCAAAAACAGAUUCCUUUCUUUCCUUUGCUUAGUUUUGUGACCUUUUUGUCUGAGUUUGUACAGAUGUGAAACUGUGUGGUUUAACAAUCAUUUUGGUUUGUAAAAAUUUUAAUGUGUAUAACAUUCAGCAUAAUAUAAACGAAUGGGAUGGAGGGUCGUUGUAUAUUUAAUGUGAGGAAGGAGUUUGCACAGAGGACAUCAUCCAGGUGCUUCGCUUGUAUGGAGCCAAUGGGAGUGUGAGGAGUCUUUGAAGAUGUACAAACAGUAACCUGACCUUCGUAGGGGUCACGUCAUUAACCUUGAGAACCACCUACUGCCUACCUUACAGACGUGUAUGUGUUUUUUACACAUUAGGACUCUAUGAGCCGCUCAUCCAUCCUCCACCGCCCACCCCUCGCUUCUUUCCGAACAAGGAGCACAGAAACAAGCCUCCAACUGCUGUGCCACAAAUCUAAAUGGACCUUUUCCCCUCGAAGAGUUGUGUAACUGGUUUUAGUUAGGACUACUGAUAUAAGAAACAUUACUGGACUGAAAGAAGUUGAAGACGUGUCUCGAACCAGCAGCUGCACGUGACACCGCUGUGUGUAGCACAUGGAAAACACUGCCAGGUUUUUACCUGUUUCAAUUUACGCACAGUUUCAAUGAGUCUUCUUGUGUCAACUUGUGUCAUACCAGUAGGUUUGUAUAGUUCAGGUAAGACUAAGAUAUUUUAAUUUUACUUAAUAUUUAUAAUCUAGUCAAGGUGGAAACUCGAGGAAAGACCGACGAAAGCAAUGCAAAAAGCAACGUUCACUAGUGUCAUGUUAAAAAGCAGAACUGGGCGACGACAAAAACCAGAUGAAUGAUCUGAAAACUAAAAAAACAGGCAUGUUAUGAAUAUUUUCAUAAUAUUAAGGCUUGUACAGUGCACAUGCUUUGCAUUGUAUGUUUUGUGGAAUAAAUGGUGAACAGUGA